AUGACAGCCACGGCGUCGGAAGUGACGUGGGUGGUGGAGGUGACCAAGUACAAGGACGUCAGCAAGGAUGCGCUCUCCGUCGCCAUGGCGGAUCUCGAAACUGAGGUGUCGCGGGGAAAUGGACCUAUCACUAUCCUUCUCGUCCACGUCAUGACUGAGGUCCCGUGUUCCCGCGGAAUGGACCUGCCGGCGAGCGAGGUGGAUCCGAAGACGGCGCUGGAGCACGGCCGCCGCCUCGUCGAGGUCAUGCUGCGCCCGCUGCUCGCGCACGCCAAAACCAAAAAGGUGCACUGCAACGCGUCCAUUGAGCGCAACGACCGCCGCGAGCUGGGGCUGUGCGCUGCUGCGCGCCGAGCCAAGGCGCAGCGCGUCUACGUGGGCCUGCGCAAGAAGCUGCUGGGGUGGUCGGCAUCAGCGUCAGCACACUACGAGGCGGGGCUGCCGCCGUCAUGCCUGCUCGUGGUGGUGCAGGGCGCCAAGCAGUAUCAGUCACUGCCGGGCUCGGGGGGGGAGGCGCCCUUCUUCGUCGUCUCCCCCAACGCCUUCAUCUUCUGCCGCUACAACGCCCCCGCCGCCCCUGCCUCUGCUGCGCCCGCCUCUGCCACCUCGGGGUCCGCCACGCCCGACUCGGAGCACCUCUCAGCGCAGCACCCCAAUCCGCACCUCAACCCGCCCUCGGUCGCCGUGCCUGGGGCGCCUGCUAUGACCGCGGCAGCGGGUAUGGGCAUGAGGGCAGGCGAGGCGGGGGGGGCAGGGCACCGCGCGUCUCCGUCGCUGUCGCAGGUGGAGGGCGCGCACGCGCUGCUGUCGCCGCAGCAUGCGCGCUCGUCCAGCGCGCGCUUCUCCCCUGCCCUUGCCGCGGUCGCCUCCGCGUCGCCUGGAGGACUGGGGGGCGUGCGGGAGUCGUGGUCGCAGGGGGCGUCUCCCAUGCUGGCGCGCGGGGGCGUGGGAGGGGCAGGGCUGGGGCCGGGGAUGGGAGCAGGAGCAGGGGGGGGCGCGAGGUUAGCAGGGACAGGCAGCCACAGCGGCGGCUUCCCCGGGGUUGCUGUGGGGGGUGUAGAGGGCGCUGCAGCGGGCGCGUGUGAUGCGCCGCCACCCCUGUGCGCCGGGGCGUGCGGGGGAGGAGGAUCGUGUGUGGAGGGCGGGGGGAAGGCGGUGGUGGUGGGGGCGGAGCAGCUGCGGCCGGGAGUGAUCUACUCGUCCGUGGAGGGCAGCGCUGAGGCUCCGGGCAGGCCGGGCAGCAGCAGCGGCAGCACCGCCUUCCCAGGGGACCUCAACGCCUCCGCACUCUCCUCUGUCCAGGAGGACCGGCUGGCGAGUCUGAGGGCCAUGAUGGCAGUGGACGCGUCCACGGGGCACUCGUCACUCGCUGCCUCCGCAUUCUCCUCCAUGGAGGUGCCCACCCUCGCCGCUGACUACUGCCCCCCUGGCGUCGCAGCAGCAGCCAUCGCUGACACGCUCGCCAUGCACCACCACCACCACGCGUACCACCACUCGCUGCUGCCCUCCCCCGCCCCGCCCUCCCUGCCGGCCGCCUCCCCCAUGGACGAGAACGACUACCAGCGCAGCCUCUCCGAUGCCGCCCGCCACAAGCCGGGCCUGCCGCCCACACGCUUCACGGCCAGGGACACAGCGAGCGGCAUGGUGGGCGGCGGGGGCCUGCGGGAGGCGGUGCGGGAGAUGGAGGGGAAUGGCGGUGUGGACGGGGGCGGGGGUGGGGGUGGCGGUGUGGGCGGGGGCGGGGGCGGGGGCGGCGGUGGGGGCAUGCGGUCGCUGCUGGCGGACGAGCUGGCGCUGCUGGAUGAGGAGGAGGAGGCCGGUGGGGGGGGAGACGAGCGGUGGGAAGGCAAGGCGGUGAGCAGCAACAGAGCAGCGGAGGCGGGUGCAGAGGCACGAGGCAACGAGAACAAGUCAGAGCGCUUCCUGUCACAGCAGCUGCGGGCGCAGCAGCUGAGUGGGCCGCAGAGUGCGCUCUCUGCCGACUCACCUGCAGAUGCCAUGCACGCGGGGGCGGGGGGGGCGGAGGCAGCGCGGCCGGUGGCGGAGAUGGAGCCGCCGGAGCAGGUGGGGGGCGCGCCCAGCAACCGCUUCUCCUCGCGCUUCUCCUCCUCUCGCCCCGCCGGCCCCGCCACCGUCUCCUCGCUGCUGCCGCCCGUCGCGGGCGGCUUCAGCACGGGCGGCGCGAGCAGUGCGCAGAAUGUGGGGGCGCACAGCAUGGGGCAGAUCGACCUGCGCGGGCUGGGGGCGGGCGGCGACGGGUUUGACUGCCGGCUGUUCACGCCGAAGCAGCUGGAGAAGGCUACCCGUGGGUACGCGCGCGAGAACCUGCUGGGGCGCGGGUCAUUUGGGUACGUGUUCAAGGGCGAGAUGCUGGGGUGCAAGGUGGCGGUGAAGCGGCUGGAGGGGCAGGGGUGGCAGGGGCCAGACGAGUUCCGCAUGGAGGUGGAGGUGCUGAGCCGCAUGCGCCACCCCAACAUCGUGCUGCUCAUGGGCUGCUGCGUCGAGGAAAUGGCCCUCAUCUACGAGUUCCUCUCGGGCGGCACACUACAGGACAAGCUCGGCCCGCCAAAGACGCCCGACGCCGUGCCUCUCUCGUGGGUGGACCGGCUGAGAAUCUUCUCGGAGAUCUCGUCGGCGCUGCUGUACCUGCACCAGAACGAGCCGCCCAUCGUGCACCGCGACUUAAAGCCCGACAACAUCCUGCUGGACGCGCACAUGAUGAGCAAGAUCGGCGACGUGGGGCUGGCGCGGCUGCUGUGCGCCGACGACGUGAUGACGAUGAAGGUGCGCGGCACGGCGGGGUACAUCGACCCCGAGGAGGUGGAGACGUGUGAGAUCAGCGUGCUGUCUGACAUCUACGCGCUCGGCCUCAUCCUGCUGCAGCUGCUCACGGGGCAGAGGAGCGUCAAGGCCGUGCACCGCAUGCUCGCUGACUGCACCGCCCGCCCCGCCAGGCCCGCCCAGCCCAGGGCGGCGGCGGGCGCGGAGGUGGUGCUGCGCUAUCUGGACACGGCGGCCGGCGACUGGCGGCUGGACCUGGCGGAGCAGGUGGCGGCGCUGGCGCUGCGGUGCGCUGAGCGGCGAAGGGAGAGGCGGCCCGACCUGGCGGAGGAGAUCCACCCCACCCUCGUGCGCGUGGCGGCUGAGGCCGGCGCGGAGGAGAGACGACGCAAGAAGCGCAUCGACUCGCAGUUCAUCUGCCCCAUCUCCAAGGAGAUAAUGAAGGACCCAGUGGUGGCGGCGGAUGGCUUCACAUACGAGCGCCAGCACAUCACUGCCUGGAUGGCCUCCUCCUCGCUCUCCCCCGCCACAGGCCAGCCGCUCCCCCACACGUGCCUCACGCCCAACAACGUGCUCAAGAACCUCAUCGCCUCGCACAACAACGCGAGGCCAUAUCACGUUUCCGCACUCGGUCGCACUGGCAUCGCCCUUCCGCAAAUAUCGCAUUUGGCCCUAUCGUCUUCCGCGUCCCCCGCGCUUCCCCCAACCGUCUCUUGCAUACCCCCCACGCACACGCCCACGCUUUCCCUCAUCGUCGCUCACGCUUUCCCCCAUCGUCGCUCACGCUUCCCCUUACCGCCGCUCACGCUUCCUCCUGCCUUCACCCACGCUUCCCCCUACCGUCGCGAGCGCCUUCCCCCACCUUCAUGCAUCGCCGCUCAUCGCCCACGAUUUCUCCCACCGUCGCCCACACUUCCCCGCACCGUCGCCCACGCUUUCCCCCACCGUCGCCCGCGCUUCCCCUCCCAUCGCCCUCCCUGUCGCCUAGAAAUUUCCCUUACCGCCGACCUCCCUUCCCUCGUGCCUCUCUCCACGUCGCCAUCACUCCCCUGCCUAUCACGUUCCCCCUCUUCAUCACCAUCGCUUCUCCACCCACACCGCCCACCCUCUCAUCCAUUCCUAUCGUAUUUAGGUUCGUCGUUGCUUCCCUUCCCCUUUGACUCUCUCUACUCCUACACCACCACCUUGCCUCCUCUCUCUUGCGCCAACCUCCUCUCUCUUGCGCCAACCUCCUCUCUCUUGCGCCAACCUCCUCUCUCUUGCACCAACCACGCACGCAUGGCAGGUGCUGCUGCGGCUUUGGAGCAGAGUGCUGGGCGCACAGCUGGGGCAGCGCGUGCAGGCGGGCAGCAAGGAGCGCAAUGCUGCAGGGGGCGGGGCAGGGGAGCGGGGGGAGGCGGGGCAAGGGAGCGGGGGAGGCUGGGCAGGGGAGCGGGGGAGGCUGGGCAGGGGAGUGGGGGAGGCGGGGCAGGGGAGCGGGGGAGGCGGGGCAGGGGAGCGGGGGAGGCGGGGCAAGGGAGCGGGGGAGGCAGGGCAGGGGAGCCCUUGAGGCGGGGCAGGGUUGCGGGGGAGGCGGGGCAUGGGAGCGGGGGAGGCGGGGCAGGGGAGCGGGGGAGGCGGGGUUUAGGGAGAGAGGGUGCAGGGAUCCUCCUAUCCCCCGUUCCACCCUGA